AUGCAGGCAUGGUUUAUGGAUGAUAGCAAUGAAGACCAGAGACUUCCUCAUCAUCGUAACCCCAAAGAGCUUCUCACUAUGGAUUACUUGGCAGAUCUGGGAGUAUUGUACUGGAAGUUGAACCCUGAUAACUAUGAGCAUGAUUCCGAGCUAGGCAAAAUUAGAGAUGAAAGGGGUUAUGAUUACAUGGAUUUGCUGGAUCCGUGUCCUGAGAAAGUCAGCAACUACGAGGAGAAGCUGAAGAACUUUUUCACAGAACACAUUCACAAGGACGAAGAGAUUCGUUACUGUUUUGCAGGAAGUGGCUAUUUCGAUGUUAUGGACAAGGAUGACCGUUGGAUCCGAAUCUGGAUGAAACCGGGAGAUCUCAUUGUCCUUACUGCCGGGAUCUACCACCGCUUCACUCUCGACACCAGCAACUAUAUCAAGGUAUAA